AUGGAUUCGUUCAAUAACAGCAAGUCUUGGCAAGUUAGCAAAGCCAACGAGGAUGUGUUUGAAGUUAAUUCGAUACCAUCUGUUACAGUUGAUGUUGCGAGGCGUACAUGUUCUUGCUUCAAAUGGAAAAUCAACGGAUUCCCAUGUGACCAUGCUGUUAUUGCUAUUCAGAAGAGUCGCUACAAUCUCAAUGAUUGUGUGGAACAUUACUUUCAUGUAGAGACAUAUCGUGUAGCCUAUUCGGGAGCCAUAUUCCCUAUACCAUCGGUGGAGAAGCCGCCUUUUGAUCCCAUGGACUUCACUAUAUACCCGCCAAUCGUGAAAAGACCACCCGGAAGGCCGAAGAAGAAUAUGAUCCCAUCAAGGGGUGAGAAACUGAAGCAAAUAAGCAAUGUUUACAUCAAUGUAACCAUUCGCAUCAUCAACUCAUAA